CGGAAUCGACCAACCCGCCGCAAAGGACUAACUGCUAUGGAGAAGAAGCUGGCCGAAUACAAAUGUAGUACAAAUGAAGCAAUUAAUCUGAAACUAGUUCGCUUUCCUGAGGAUUUGGAGGAUGAGAACACAACAUUUAAUCCAGAAUAUAGCCAUCAGGUGUUUGGGGAUGAUGAAGUUGCUUUUGGCUACAAGGGACUGAAGAUCCUCUUGUACUACAUCGCUGGUAACCUGUCAACGCUCUUCCGCAUCGAAUAUGCAUCUAAAGUAAAUGAAAAGUUUGACUGUGUGGAGGCAGAUGACAUUGAAAGUAAAAUUAGAGAAAUCAUUCCUCCUGGUUUUUGCACAAACACAGAUGAUUUUGUGUCUCUGUUGGAGAAGGAGGUCAACUUCAAGCCCUUUGGGAUGCUGCUACACACAUACUCUGUCCAUAAUGAGGAAGCUGGUGAAGAUAUAAUAUAUCAGAUCUACAAGGCUGACAUGACAUGUCCAGGCUUUCGAGAAUAUCAUGAAAGGCUUCAGACGUUCUUGAUGUGGUUUAUUGAAACUGCUAGCUUUAUUGAUGUAGAUGAUGAAAGAUGGAACUACUUUCUAGUAUUUGAGAAGUAUAAUAAGGAUGGAGCUACGCUCUUUGCGACCGUAGGCUACAUGACAGUCUAUAAUUACUAUGUGUACCCAGACAAAACCCGGCCACGUGUAAGUCAGAUGCUGAUCUUACCACCAUUCCAAGGAGAAGGCCAUGGUGCUCAGCUGCUUGAAACAGUUCAUAGAUACUAUAUGUCUUCUCCUACAGUACUUGAUAUAACAGCUGAAGAUCCAUCUGAAAACUAUGUGAAGCUAAGAGACUUUGUUCUUGUAAAGCUCUGUCAAGAUUUGCUCUGCUUUUCCCCAGGAAAGUUAAUGCAAGGCUUCAGUCAAGAAAUGGUGAUGGAAGCUCAACAAAAACUGAAAAUAAAUAAGCAACACACAAGACGAGUUUAUGAAAUUCUCCGAUUGCGUGCAACAGAUAUGGGUGAUGCAGAACAAUCCAGAAGCUAUCGGUUGGACGUUAAAAGAAGACUGAUUGGCCCCUAUAAGAAAAAGCAGAGAGAACUUGCCAAGAUGAGAAGGUGUCUGAGACCAGAGGAGCUGACAAAUCAGCUGAAUCAAAUAGACCUAAACAUGCAACACGAGCAGUUAGAAGAGAGUUUCCAGCAACUUGUUUCAGAAUACCGAAGAGUCCUAGAACGACUUGCACAAGCAUGAGGAUCCUGCCUAUACAGGAAACCUGCAGAUUUCUAUACAGUAUU